UCUAAAUAUAUCUAUAAUAAUACACAUCCAAGCUCAUGGUAUUUUUGUCAUAUACCAUAAUACCCAUAAAAAAAUAAAAUAAAAUAAAAAAACAUAUUCGAAAAUAGAAUUGGAGAAAAUAGAGAAAUUUUCUCCUUAUACAAGUCAUUAGUUUGACCCAUUCACCUUAUAUAUCUUGCAAAGGAAUGUAUCUUCUUUGAACCUUUGAAACUCACCAAACUCACCAUCUUUGUUGUCUCUCAAGCUUCAUCUUCCUGAGCAAAUGAGCAGGAUGCAGUUUUAUUCACUUCAAACCUUUGCAUUCUUACUAGCUCUUUUGUGUUGUGCUCUUAUUCGAGCAGGGUGCUUGAAUUUCAGCUAUCCAACAUUUCAAGACAAAGUGGAUGAAAAGGAUUUUAUCCUAUCCACAAAUUCAAGCAUAUAUUUAAAUGCCAUCCAAGUCACUCAUGAUGCUACUCAUGCUUCCAUCAACAACGAAUCUGGAAGGUUUCUAUAUAAGAAGCGAUUCAGGUUGUGGGGAGAUGGUCGUCGGAACAAAGCAUCCUUUAGCACUAUGUUCAAUAUUAACAUCAGUAACAAAACCAAUCCGGGUGCUGAAGGCCUGGCCUUUAUCUUAACUGCCAACUCUACUCUUCCGGAGAAUAGCAAUGGACAAUGGCUUGGAAUUGUAAAUGCAAAUUCCAAUGGAUCUGAUCGAGCCAAAAUUGUGGCGGUAGAGUUUGACACAAGUAAAAGCUACGAGCAAGAUCUCGAUGACAACCAUGUGGGUGUGGAUGUAAAUAGCAUUUACUCUCUCAAACAAGAGAGUUUGACAAGAUAUGGCAUCAGGCUUUCAAGCAGUGUCAGUUAUGCAGUGACAAUUCAGUAUGACAGCCAGAACCUCACCAUAUUUGUCUUCCACACCAAGGAAACUGGGGAGCAAAUGAAGGAUCAAGUUCUGUCCCUUCCUCUUGAUCUCUCUGACUAUCUUCCGGAGAAGGUUUAUGUGGGAUUCUCAGCUUCCACGGGCAACAACACUCAAUUGAAUUGCAUACAGUCUUGGAACUUCACCUCUUCACAUAUAGAUGAAAAUCCAAACCUUCUGUGGGUUUGGAUAGCAAUCCCAGCAGCAGCAGUAAUGGUCCUCCUAGCAGGAGUUGCUUCUUACUUCUACUGGAGAAGACAGCGUGAAAAUAAAUUACUGGAGGAUGCAUUUCCCGGGAUAGAAGAUGAGAUUCAAAGCACUGCCAUGGCUCCAAAAAAAUUCAAACUGAAAGAACUUCAAAAAGCAACAGGCAGGUUCAAUCCAAAGAACAAGCUUGGAAAAGGUGGCUUUGGAACAGUAUAUAAGGGACUCUUGGGAAAUAAAGAGAUAGCAGUCAAGAGAGUCUCAAAGGAUUCACGUCAAGGCAAGCAAGAAUUCAUAGCAGAAGUCACCACAAUAGGCAGUCUUCGUCACAAAAAUUUGGUUAAAUUGAUUGGAUGGUGCUAUGAAAGCCAUGAGCUUCUUAUUGUGUAUGAGUUGAUGCCAAAUGGAAGCCUUGACAGAUUCCUAUUUGGGAAUGACAAGUUAGGCAGAGAGAUGGAGGAACCACCACUGAGCUGGAAGAGAAGGCACAGCAUCAUAAGCGGGGUAGCUCAGGCACUAGAUUAUCUUCACAAUGGAUGCGAGAAGAGAGUACUCCACCGAGACAUAAAAGCCAGCAAUAUCAUGUUAGACUCGGAUUUCACUGCACGGCUGGGAGACUUUGGACUAGCUCGUACACUUCAGCAAAGUGAAGUAACUCACCACUCCACCAAAGAGAUUGCAGGAACACUAGGUUAUAUGGCUCCAGAAACAUUUCUUACAGCAAGGGCUACAGUUGAAACAGAUGUCUAUGCAUUUGGUGUUCUUGUGCUAGAAGUCGUCUGUGGAAGAAGGCCAGCUGGAAAUCAACUUGAGCAGAGUAACUACAAUAAUAGCAUAGUUUAUUGGCUAUGGGAUCUUUACAGCAGGGGAAAGAUCCUUGAUGCUGUGGACUCAAGAUUGGAUGGAGACACUGAUGAGGAUGAUAUGGUGUCCGUGCUGACUUUGGGGUUAGCCUGUUGCCAUCCCAACCCACAUCAGAGGCCUUCCAUGAGAACUGUCCUGAAGGUUCUUACAAGGGAAGCAGAUCCACCAUCGUUGCCAACUGAAAGACCGGCUUUUGUAUGGCCAUCCAUGCCUCCAUCAUUCAAAAAGGACACAGAAUCUGAUUUAGAUGGAGGUCGACUUACUCCAUUCACAGAAAUCUCUGGAAGAUGAAUCAGCCUAAGCUUAAAAGUGAAACCUUGCUCUUUUGUCUGUGUCAUAUUCUUGUGAACUUGUGAAUUUAGCAAUACUUUCUGGAUUACAUGUUUGUCCGCAGUGCAAUAGAACAUCUCUAGGUAUGUACAGUAUACCAUACCUAUUUCUCACUUUCUCCUGUCGAUACAUUUACUGUAAGCUAUAUUUUGUA